GUGUUCCCUACUUUGGAAGGACCCAAGUUUGUUACCGUCAUGUUUGACAGUUUAUCAAACGAUAAACACAAUGGUGAUUAUAAUCACAAGGGAAAAACUCGUUCUGAAGAAUGGACACAAACUCGUAACAAUCAAGGCGAGUCGACCAUCGCGACGACUAUCGCGACGACUUUGGAUCAAACCAGUAUCUCGACAUCAACGACGACUUUGGAUCAAACCAGUAUCUCGACAUCAACGACGAUCACAUCAUCUACCACAGCCUCUGAAACGUCACAACUAGCUAAAGUCUCCACAUCGACUACUACUGCCAAACUCUGGGUUUAUCCAGCAAUCAUUCCAUUCGUAGCUCCAGCCACUCGAGUAAUUCAAACUCGAGUUCCAGCAGCAGCCCUAGUAGGUCCAGUUGCAACACCCGACUUUCUUCAAGAUACAUACAAUCUGCCUCCACAGUCCACUGCAACUGUUGUUACAGCUGCAGAAUUGGUAUCCUCAUCUUGGCAAUUUCGGAUUUCAAAUGCAUUGAGGUCUGCCCCACUCUUGCUUUUAGCAGCUUUAGCUCUGCUUUAAACCAUUGGUUUAGGCGGUUUAAUUCUGGGUAGACAAGACUCCAAACAGUAGUAGUUUGAUGUUCGCGUACUAGGCGUUCAUUACAGUUUAUGGCCAUCAACUUGAAUAUCCAACCAUUUUUCAAUAAACUGUGUCCCAAAUUUACUCG